AAGAACAGGUGUUAUUGUUCCCGCGGAGGCACUCUAAGCGUGACGCCUGGCGCCGGGAGACGGAGGCGUGCAUGUGGGCUGCCGUUGCCAUUGCCGGAGUGACACCAACCCGAUGGGAUGGCUGAUUUCCAAGAGAAUAUGAGAGCUGCAGAGACCUAUCAUCCUGGGUGCCCACCAGGCCUCUUCGGUGGAUCACGAUUGCAUCCUGGGAUCGAGGCGUCUUUGACGUCUUCCUAUGAUCAGUACGAUAUGUGGCAAGACAUCGAGACGGUGAUCCUGGGCGUGGGCGUGGGCGCGCCGCUGGCCGACUGCUACGCGCCUGCGGGGGCGGCGGAGGCGGGCCGCGACCAGCAGGUGCCGGUGGUGUCCCCGGGCGCGCUCUACGCCAGCCCGUCGCCCGCCGACGACGACGCCGCCAAGCCGGACACCGCGUCCUUCUAUUUCCCGCCUGCCGCCCCCGCGUCCGGCAAGGUGAAGCUGGAGGCGGCACACCACCAUCACCACCACCACCACCACCACCAGGAGGCCGCGACCGCGUACCACCGGCCCGUGGCCGCCUUUCCCUACUCGACGCCGACGUCCUCGUCGUCGGGGACCGGCCCCGGGCAGCACUUCCCGCAGCCGGCGGCCUACCCGGGCCAGUACGGUGCGCCCUCCCCCGCAGCUGCAGCCGCGGCCGUGCCCUCGGGCCACGUGCCCUUCGGCCAGAUCUCGCCUCCCGCUACGCCGGAGAAUUGCCCCGGCUUCUACCUGCACCACCACCACGCGCCAGCCGCCGGCUACAGCGACGUGUAUCACCACGGCCGGCACCCUCACCCGCACCCGCACUUCAAGAUCCUGACGCCGCCGUCAUCGCCGCACCUGCCCUUCCUGGGCCGGCAGCCCCUGGCACCGCCCCCGCCGCCCCCGCCGCCGGCCCAGCCGCCUGCGCCGACCGCGGCCGGCGGCGCCGUUCCCAAGCCGCGGCGCCGACGCAACUGGAGCCGGCGCAAGGUGAUCGUGCACACGUGCUCGCACCCGGGUUGCGGCAAGACGUACACCAAGUCGUCGCACCUGAAGGCGCACCUGCGCACGCACACGGGCGAGAAGCCGUACCAGUGCGGCUGGAAGGGCUGCGGCUGGAAGUUCGCGCGCUCCGACGAGCUGACGCGCCACUACCGCAAGCACACGGGCGACCGGCCCUUCCAGUGCCGCCUGUGCGAGCGCGCCUUCUCGCGCUCCGACCACCUGUCGCUGCACAUGAAGAGGCAUAUGACCAUGUAGUCGACGCCACCGCUCUCGUCGUUAGUGACAAACUAGUCAGCAAGGCCAGAAUUUCUUUGAUAUAAAUACUGUACAUAUCUGCACUACAAAAUGAAGUACCCGGACGGUCGAGUCAAAUAGAAAAGUCGAACACGUGUCGUAAAUACCUAAAAACAAGACAUGCCCUGUUGUUUUCAUAAUAAAGUUGAAAGCCUAAGGCGACCUUUGUUUUUUCGGAAAAGAAUCGUAUUAGGUCCACUGUGUUGUACACAAUGUUUGCGAGGCAAGAAACAUGAAACUGGUUUCUGUUUGAAAGAGUGAUGUUGCUUAGUCAUAAGUGACUGGACUCGUAUUUGGUGGGACAUCGGUUCGAGUUCUCAUCUGGCCAUCCAGAUUUAGAUUUCCCGUGGUUCUCUUAAAUCGCUCAAAGCAAAUGCUACGAUGAUUCCUUUGAAAAGAACAAGAUGGUUUCCUUUCUCAUUUUUCCCCUAUCCUCCUUCCUGUGUUCCGUCUGAAAUGACCUCGCCGUUGACAGUAAUUUAAACUAUAAUCUUUCUUCCUUUCUUCGUCUCGUACUAACUGCUUACUUCAACUAUUUGUAAAACAUUCUACUAAAGUAGAAGUAAGGCCAGUUCCAGAACAUUUUUCCACUCGCCGGCCGCGGUGGCCGUGCGGUUCUAGGCACUUCAGUCCGGAACCGCGUGACUGCUACGGUCGCAGGUUCAAAUCCUGCCUCGGGCAUGGAUGUGUGUGAUGUCCUUAGGUUAGUUAGGUUUAAGUUGUUCUAAGUUCUAGGGGACUGGUGACCUCAGAUGUUGAGUCCCAUAGUGCUCAGAGCCAUUUGAACCAUUUUUUUCCCACUCAAGCGGCUUGUGAUUACCCAUUCCCCUUCUCCCUUUUGUCUGUCGUUCAUUUCUACCCGUUUCAGUUCUCGUUAUUAAAUGUGAUACCCAUCGUAUACAGAUCUCGCGCUUGGGUGCCCCUCUCAUCUUGGCACUCCAAGCGGCCUCUUGUGCUGCCCGGGCCCUAAGCUACCUCUGAGUACAAUGAACAAUUUCCACUAGUGCUGGUUUCCAAGAAUUCCUUUAUACUUGAAAGUAAAAAUUAUCCUGAGCCAUGCUUGGAGCUGAAUUUAGAAAAAUGGCAAUUUUCGGGACUUUUUCGUGUGCUGCGUGUGGUUGACAAGCAGUGAAAUGAUUGGUUAUCGAUUACGUUUAGCGAAAUAUUGAAGGAUAACUGAUGAGCUAAUUGAAGGAGCACUAGUGACUCCUAUUUUGGAAACCAAUAUGAGCGGUUGGAAGGGUGUUUUACUUCAAAAUGGCUCUGAGCACUAUGCGACUUAACUUCUGAGGUCAUCAGUCACCUAGAACUUAGAACUAAUUAAACCUAACUAACCUAAGGACAUUACACACAUCCAUGCCCGAGGCAGGAUUCGAACCUGCGUCCGUAGCGGUCGCUCGGUUCCAGACUGUAUCGCCUAGAACCGCAUGGCCACUCCGGCCGGCGGGUGUUUUACUACCCCAGAGUCCCCCAGUCUGAUGUCUGACCUCGGCACAGGCACUCAGAGGCCCGUCGGCAUCGUGCAGUCCUCUGGAACUGACAGCGGAGUUAGUUUCCUCUUUCUUAUUUCACCCAGUAAUGCUACAAGUUAUUUGGAAGUUUAGUUAAAUAAAUAAGACGCUUUCCUAAGCACCAUCAGCUCACUAGUUUACUCUGGCCAGUGGAAACAAAAGGUAGCCAGGGAGAGAUGGAAAUUUCUCAGCACAGAAGACAUUAUUUAAUUUAAUAAAUACAGCGAAUUUCCAUUUGACUCGGCUUCCGUAUUCGUGAAUAGUGUUUGGAUGACGUCCAUACGCCAGAAGUGCCUGAUCGAUUACCUAGACUGUAAGCGUUGGUAUCAGACUGUUAUUAGGACACAUCCUCUGGUGUACAGAACGUGUAUUCUUGCUUAAGAUAUUUAUAUUGAGACACAUACUAUGGUAAUAAAAUCUACACGACUGUGUCCGUUACCAAACCGACAUAACAGUUGUUAGUAAAAUAGUCGCUAGUUGUUAUUGAAAUAUGUCAUCAGUGAAAUUUUACGAUUUUUUUCUUCAUAAGGACGUCAAUCGCUAUCAUGUAAGUGCCAUCUUAUUCAUGUGUUAAGUA